ACCUUAUCGCGUCUGCUGCCUGACCCUGCACUUCAUCAACCACCGUUGCACACAGCAUCCAUCCACACCUUCGCUUUCACUCACUCACCGGAUCUUGUGCUGGCACGAUCCACACUCACAACGCGCGUCGCCUCUCUCGACACAUGCAUUGUUCACUCGACACAAUUCCGACUGCAUAUCAGCCUCCGAUCUGAUCUCGCGACGAACUGACAUCACUCACUUCGCUCCCUGACAACACCCCUUUCGAUCAUGCCCUUUCCGACACGGCUCCUGCUGGCCGCAGCGCUACCUCAAGCUCUGGCUGGAGGCCACGAGGAGAGCGCGAGCGAAAAGGCCGCCGCCCUCGUCAAUGACAAGAUCGUCAAGUAUAUUGGCUGGACCUGGGCAUGCAUUAUUGGCACUCUGCUCGUCUAUCGCUGGACCCUCAACCUUUUGCAACACGUUCGUCGACUUGCCAACUUGAAUCAUGGCACCUCGAGUGACGGCCGACAACGCUACUUCAGCAUACCUGACGAGACCUGGGCCAAGAUCAAACGUCACUUCAUCGUUGCUCCACUGUUCAGGCGACGGCACAAUCGCGAAUUCCGAAUGUCAGCAGCCAUCAAUAUCGGCACUCUUCCAGGCCGCAUGCAAUCAUUCUGGCUGAUUGGAUAUUUUGCCCUCAACGUCACCUUCACAGUUUGGAACAUCGACUGGCACGGCGAAGAAAAGUACUCCAUCGGCCUGAGCCGCACUGGAAUCCUUGCAACUGUCAACAUGGUGCCUCUCUUCCUUCUUGCUGGCCGCAAUAACCCCAUGGUCUGGCUUUUUGGAAUCUCCUUCGACAACCUCAACAUGAUUCACCGAUGGAUUGGACGCAUCGUGGUCUUUGAAGCCACUGCGCACGCCGCUUUCUGGUUCGGCGGAAAGGUUGCAAGCAUGGGUGCAGAAAAGGCGUACAAGGUCAUCGCAUCAGCAAUGGCCUCGAGCACAUUCAUCCUCACUGGAACCAUUGGAUUUUGUGCAUUCGGUGCGAUCCUACUCCAGUCACCUUCCAUCGUCCGCCACGCCUUCUACGAGACCUUUCUGCACGUACACAUUGCACUGGCAAUCACCGCUGUGGUCGCUGUCUGGAUGCAUCUGCAGGGCAUGGCCGCUCAAUUGAUACUUGCGGGAGCUUUGAUCUGCUGGAUUUUUGACCGGCUGGCUAGAGUCUACCUCAUCGUCCGAUACAACUUCAGCAGAAAAGGCCGAACCAAGGCCGAGAUCGAGGCUCUUCCUGGCGACGCCAUUCGCGUCACUCUUCGCAUGGCCAAGAUGUGGAAGUUCAGGCCCGGACAACACAUCUACCUAUACAUUCCGAGCAUUGGAAUGUGGACUAGUCAUCCGUUUUCGCUGGCUUGGAGCGAGGAGAGCGCUGACCUGGCAACCGAGAAGGGGCUUCCAAUGUCGAGACAGGAUAUAUUCGCAGCGAAGACGACAUCAGUCUCUCUGAUCAUCAGACGACGAACUGGCUUUACCGAUACGCUCUACAAGAAGGCUGAGUCAUCCACAGCCGGUCCCAUGGUGACGACCGCGUACGUUGAGGGACCGUAUGGCCAUGAGAGCUUCCAGUCAUACGGCACGGUGAUGCUGUUUGCUGCUGGUGUCGGAAUCACCCAUCAAGUACCCCACGUGCGCGAUCUCGUCGCCGGCUACUCAAAUGGCACGUGCGCCACGCGAAAGGUCGUCCUCGUAUGGAUCAUCCAAAGUCCUGAGCAUCUCGAAUGGAUCCGUCCCUGGAUGACACAGAUUUUGGGCAUGGACAAACGUCGUGACAUCCUCAAGAUUCUGCUCUUCGUCACCCGACCGAGAAGUACAAAAGAAAUCCACUCACCUAGCGCGUCGGUGCAGAUGUUCCCUGGCAAGCCGGACGUUGGCGCUCUGAUCACCAAAGAGCAGGAGCACCAGGUCGGAGCUAUGGCCAUCAGCGUAUGUGGUGUUGGUAGCCUGGCUGAUGAUGUGAGGAGAGGCAUGAGAGACCGCUGCGAGCAUACCGAGAUUGACUUUUUCGAGGAGGCAUUCUCGUGGUAAACCUCGUGACGAGCCCAAACCUCGUGACGAGAUGAGUUGGGUAGAAUUGCAUGACGGAAUUGACGCUGCGCCUUCGAACGAACUUUUUUUCCUAGGUGCUGGCGCCACGCAUUAAGGACUUUCUUUUCCGGAUCAGACCCAGUGUACAUUAUCAUAGCAAGCGUUUUCGCGGUUUUUGUCGUCACACGACUGAUCGUCAACAGGACGCGAUAGAGAAGUGAAUGAAAUGAGCAGGUUC